GAAGGAGAUGGCAUGGCUUACCUUCAAGAAGCACGGGAGCCUGAAUGCAUGCUCAAGACCCAGGCACCCCGAGGUCAUGAGGCUGGGAUUCGUCUGUGCUCUGCUUUCUCUCCUGGCAGGGCAUGGUUGGGCAGACACCAGAGCCAUCGGGGCCGAGGAAUGCCGCCCCAACUCGCAGCCCUGGCAGGCUGGGCUCUUCUACCUCACCCACCUCUUCUGCGGGGCUUCCCUCAUCAGUGACCGCUGGCUGCUCACAGCUGCCCACUGCCAGAAGCCGUAUCUGUGGGUCCGCCUUGGGGAGCACCACCUCUGGCGAUGGGAGGGCCCAGAGCAACUGUUCCGGGCCACAGACUUCUUCCCCCACCCUGGGUUCAACAAGGACCUCAGGGCUCAUGACCACAAUGAUGACAUCAUGCUGAUCCGUCUGCCCAGGAAGGCAUACCUGGGACCUGCUGUGCAGCCCCUCAACCUCAGCCAGACCUGUGUCUCCCCAGGCACCCAGUGCCUCAUCUCAGGCUGGGGGGCCGUGUCCAGUCCUAAGGUGCAGUACCCACUCACGCUACAGUGUGCCAACAUCAGCAUCCUGGAUCACAAACUGUGCCAUCGGGCAUAUCCAGGCCACAUCUCAGACAGUAUGCUCUGUGCCGGCCUCUGGGAGGGGGGCCGGGGCUCCUGCCAGGGUGACUCUGGGGGCCCCCUGGUUUGCGACGGGACCCUGGCGGGUGUGGUGUCUGGGGGUGCCGAGCCCUGCUCCAGACCCCGGCGCCCUGCCGUGUACACCAGCGUGUGCCACUACGUGGACUGGAUCCGAAAGACCAUGGAGGACAACUGA